CUGGGCGGGCGCUGCCCACAGCGAAGAUGGCGCUGGCGGCCGCGGGCGGCAGCGGUGCCGGGCAGUGCCCGCUGCUGCUGCUGCUGCUGUUGUUCCUGUUCCUCCCGGGGCUGGCGGCCGGUGCCGCCGGGAUGCUGCAGCCCCGGGACACCCCCACCCGCGAGCGCAGGGAGCUCGGCGGCCUCUGGAGCUUCCGCGCCGAUCUGUCUCCGGGCAGGGACGCCGGGUUCGCGCAGCGCUGGUACCGGCGGCCGCUCCGGCAGACCGGCCCCGUGAUUGACAUGCCAGUGCCCGCCAGCUUCAACGACAUCACGCAGGACCCCAGCCUGGAGAAUUACAUCGGCUGGGUGUGGUACGAGAAGGAGGUGCUGCUCCCCCUGCGCUGGCUGCAGGGCGAUCCCGCCCCCAGGGUGGUGCUGCGCUUCGGCAGCGCACACUACUACUCCAUCGUGUGGGUGAACGGGGUGCAGGUGGUGGAACACGAGGGGGGCCACCUGCCCUUCGAGGCUGACAUCAGCAGCAUGGUGCAGGGCAGCCCGGGCGCCCCGUGCCGCAUCACCGUGGCCCUCAACAACACCCUGAGCCCCCACACGCUGCCCCCGGGCUCCAUCCAGUACAUGAGUGACAAAGCAAGGUACCCCAAGAACUACUUUGUGCAGAACACCAGGUUUGAUUUCUUUAAUUACGCUGGGAUCCACCGCCCAGUCGUGCUUUACACCACUCCUGCUGCCUACAUCGAUGACAUCACUGUGACAACCACUUCAUCAGACACUGUGGCCGUGGUGCAGUAUCAGGUGUCAGUGCUUGGCAGCACAGCCAAUUCCCUGUCCCUGAGUUUACGUGACCAGGAGGGGAAGGUGGUUGCUGAGGGUGAUGGCCCAGUGGGAGAGCUCAAAGUCCUCAACCCAAACCUCUGGUGGCCUUACCUGAUGCACGAGAGCCCUGGAUACCUGUACUCCCUGGAGGUGAAGAUGCAGGCGCAGGUGGGCGGGGUGCUGCUGCAGGACCUGUACACGCUCCCGGUGGGCAUCCGCACCGUGCACGUCACCAGCACCCAGUUCCUCAUCAACGGCAGGCCCUUCUACUUCCACGGGGUCAACAAGCACGAGGAUGCAGAUAUCCGUGGCAAAGGCCUGGACUGGCCCCUGAUCAUGAAGGAUUUCAACCUUCUUCGCUGGCUGGGGGCCAACUCGUUCCGCACCAGCCACUACCCGUACGCCGAGGAGAUCAUGGACCUGUGCGACGCCUACGGCAUCGCGGUCAUCGAUGAGAGCCCGGGGGUGGGCAUCAAGCUGCCCGAGAGCUUUGGGAACAAGUCCCUGCAGCACCACCUGGCUGUGAUGGAGGAGCUGGUGCGCAGGGAUAAGAACAGGCCCUCGGUGGUGAUGUGGUCAGUGGCCAACGAGCCGGCCUCGGAGCUGCCCCCAGCCGCCCACUACUUCAAGACAGUGAUAGCUCACACUAAAGCUCUGGACCCCUCCAGACCCGUCACCUUUGUGACAGAUGCUAAUUACGCUCUUGAUCGUGGUGCUCCCUACGUGGAUGUGAUUUGUGUGAACAGCUACUUCUCCUGGUACCACGACCCAGGGCACCUGGAGGUGAUCCCACUCCAACUCACAGCCCAGUUUGAGAACUGGUACAAAACCUACCAAAAGCCCAUUAUCCAGAGUGAAUACGGAGCAGACUCCGUGCCUGGGCUGCACAGUGUGAGUGCUGUGGGGUUUGCCACAGGGAAACAGCUCCAACAGGGCACAGAGUGUCACUGGGAGAGGGUGGCACCACCGGGCCUGGCUGUGCUGGGAGUGUCCAAAGGGCUGCAGGAUUGGGAUCCACCAGAACCAGACAGCUUUGCCUCUCUGUCUGCCUGGAGAGGACUCCAAAAUCUGUCCUUGGCAGUGGCAGAAAAUGAAAACAAACCCUGGAGAAUAGAGAUUUGUGGUGCUAUCCCAUGCAGGAGGGGUGGCACUCCUGUCCCCAUCAUGCCAAAGGCCACCAGGGCAAUUCCCCCUGGGAACACCUGGAAUUCUGUGUUUGCCAAUGCUCACAACAGCCAAGGUAACGCAGCACAAGCAGCAGAGCAGGCAACCACGGGGUUUGUGUGAGGAGCAGUUCCCCUGUGAGGGAAGGGCUCUGCUCAGGCCACCACAGGGUUUGUGUGAGGAGCAGUUCCCCUGUGAGGGGAUGGCUUUGCUCAGGCCACCACAGGGUUUGUGUGAGGAGCAGUUCCCCUGUGAGGGGAUGGCUCUGCUCAGGCCACCACGGGGUUUGUGUGAGGAGCAGUUCCCCUGUGAGGGGAUGGCUCUGCUCAGGCCACCACGGGGUUUGUGUGAGGAGCAGUUCCCCUGUGAGGGAAGGGCUCUGCUCAGGCCACCACGGGGUUUGUGUGAGGAGCAGUUCCCCUGUGAGGGGAUGGCUCUGCUCAGGCCGUGGUGGUGG